GGCACGUCGGGCAGACGAAGUAAGCUUAGUGUGCAUACCGUAGCUAGCUCCCCGGCCACCGCCUGCCCCGCUACGCCCCGACACGCCAUGGGCCUCGUGGCGUUCCUCACAUGCGGCGCGUGCGGUAGCCGCCGCAAGCGCGGCCACGAGAGCUUCCCGGAGACCAUCACGAUCCCCACGCCGGCCGCGCAGCCGCACAACGCGGCGCUGGCGCACCACCAGCCCUACGACAUCCACGGCAGCACGCCGGCGGCGCGCAAUACGCACGGCGAGGGCCGCAGCAGCUACGGCCACGAGGGACGGCGCGACCGGCGGCCGUCCAACCCGCAGCCGCGGGCCUCCAGCGCGCAGAACAGAGCCUCCAGCGGCCAGCAGCGGCCGCGCGGCAACUCGAGGCCCCAGCAGUACCAGCCGCAGCACCCGGAGCAGCGUCAGCAAGAGCGGCCGCGCCCCCAGCAGCAGCGCGCGCAACACGCGCGGCAAGACCGACCCGUGGUGCGCAAUAUCGAGCCCGUGGCGCCCGAAAAGGUACGCAGGAGCGGCGGGGGUGGUGGCUCGUCCGGCGGCGGCGGCGGCUCAGGCAACAACCGCGACUCGGAGAUCACGGACAAGUCGCGCGAGGUGGCCAGCAAGGUGCUGGAGCAGUUCCAGGCCGACCCGACGCUCGGCCGCAGCCGCAUCCCGUAUUCGUCGCUGUACUUCACGCGCGUGCUGAGCAAGGGCGCGUUCGGCGAGGUGUGGCUGGCCCAGCUCGAGAACAGACAGGUGGCCGUCAAGCGCAUCCUGAACGAGAAGAAGAACGACGAGAAGGAGAUCGAGUGCUUCGGCGCCGAGAUUAAACUCAUGGCGUCCUUCUCGCACCCCAAGAUCGUCGAGUUCGUCGGCGUAUCGUGGAGCUCCAUGCAGGACGUGUGCGCCGUGACCGAGUACAUGGCCAAGGGCGACCUCUACGGCUUCCUCAAGCGCCGACAGGGCCAGCUCAACUGGCGCGACCACAAAAUCUUUUUGGCCGAAGACGUGGCAGACGCGCUCGGAUACUUGCACGGCUUGUCGCCCAAGGUGAUCCACCGCGACCUCAAGUCGAAGAAUAUUCUGUUGGACGACGCGUUCCGCGCCAAGCUCAGUGACUUUGGUAUCAGUCGCGAACGAUCGGUGGAGGAUACCAUGACGGCGGGCGUGGGCACAAUAUACUGGACGGCCCCUGAAGUGCUCAUGGGCAAGAAGUACACGGAGAAGGCGGAUAUUUUCUCGUUCGGAAUCGUCAUGUCGGAGCUCGACACGCACGCGGUGCCGUACUCGGACAAGCGCGACAACUCGGGCAAGAAGCUGCAGGGCAUGAAGAUCGUGCAGAUGGUUAUUCGGCGAAACAUGCGCCCGACGUUCUCGGAGGACUGCCCUCCGCUGGUGAAGGAGCUGGCCGACCGCUGUCUGGACUCCAAUCCGGACGUGCGACCCAGCGCCACAGAGCUGCUGCGAAUUAUCCAGCGCAUGCAAAGCAUUAUGUAA